UUGCGCUGGCCAGGGAAGCACUUAUUCUACUGAGCUAUCUCCCCAGCCCUCUCCUUUUCAUUUUUAUUUAACAAAUCUUUCUGAGGUAAGAGCAAGGUAGAGCAAAAACAGCAGGUAUAGUCAUGAAAUCAGACAUUGUCUUGUGGGAAAUAAAAUAAUGAAAAAAUUGCCACAGUUGCCUAGCAUGUAGGCAGCCCUCAGUACCUACGAUUGCUAUCUCUGUCAUUAUCAUCAAUAGUAAUUGCAAUCUGUAGGUUUUCAUGCUAGUUCAGAAGAUGUAUAUGCGGAACUAUAGUUGAAGACCAGAGAGUGUGGAGAAUCUCAAAGGUCAUUCCAGAGGGCUUCCAGCCAUAAAAAGGGGAGCACAGGCACACAUCCACUACAACUAGGAUGAUACAGAGAUUAGGAUGGCCCCAUGCAAGGAUGUUGCACAAAUUAGUGAAGCAUUCCACAGUUUUGUGAGAGAAGGAAACACACACAUGUUGGGGUUACCUUUACCUCUUUCUAUAGACUGUACCAGAACAUCUACUUAAGUUCUUCAAUUCCUUUAAAUAAAGAAAUUCGGUACCACCCACAAAAAAAUUGGAGGACAUCAUUUAUCUUUUUAGCAUUGGUAGGACACGAUCCACUACAACAUAAGAUUAAAUUGACAGCCAGUUAUAGUAAUGAGCAAGGGGUGAAAAAGUAUUGUAAGUAUAAUCUGUCCCUCUCUAACCCUUUCCUCAAACAUCAAAAGGGAAAAGGGAAAAAAAAGAAAUGCUCAUCCAUAACUGGCUUCUCCAUUCCCAGAAGAAGCAGAAGACCAAUUGGGAUGUUUUCCUUGUGGAAAGGAGCAUUUUAACUGAUUGGGGGAAAGGGUGGGGCCCUAUUUAUGACACAAGAGCCCAAGCUCCUCCCUUCCCAUGAGAGCACAGGGCACAGCCACCUCUAGCCCUAGUCCCUCCCUCAAAGUAGAAGCCCCAGAGGGUAUCAGUUGGUAUAGGCUGGGAGGGCAACAGCGACUAACCCACCAGCCAGCUGCCUUUAAAAGGAAGACCAGGAGUGCCAGGAUGAAGGGCUGGAAUUCAAAGGGAAGUGACAUCAGGAGACAUCUGUGAAGAGGGAGGUGUAGGGUGGGAGUGAGGGGCUCAAAAGGAUGAAGCCUGCAACCUCAACAUCUGCCCUAAAAGAAAUGGCAACAGUGGAGCCAAGUUCUAAGUCAGUGCCCAGGCCAGACUGGGGACCCGAGCUGGAUCAGAGACCUAUAACCCAACCAGAGCCUUGGCCAGAAGAAAGACCUGCAGCCCAGCCAGAAUGGAAACCUCAGGAGGAACCCAGUCCCCAACAGGAAUCUGCAUCACAGCAAAGCUGUCUUACCCAAGAGAAGCCCUUCACUCAGGGUGAAGUUGAAUCCCAGCAGGAACCUAGAAGCCAACAAAAAUCGGCAUUGAGCCAGCAAUGUCCUACCCCAAAGCAAUUACCCCCCAACCAAAGGCUGCUCUCCAAUCAACAUGAAGCUGCCUUACUUCAGGCACCUGGGGCAGAAGAAGCAUCUACAACUCAACAGGAACCAGAAUCGAGACAAGGAGAUGUAGCCCAGCCAGGACCUGUGCCAACAGAGCUAGCUCUUGGUCAAAACGCAGAAUUAACAACUACAGCCCAGGGAACAUCUGAACUCAACACAGGACUGCCUGCCCACAUGGAGUCUACAUCCCAAGAGAAACCCAAACAGUCAGCCCAGAAAACACCUCCAGCUCAGGAGGUCAGUUCCAAGGGGGAGUUUUUGACAGAGUGGAGAUUUCUAACAAAGCUGCACAAACUCUCCCUCCAGCAAUCUGCCCAAGAGUGGAAGGCAUUUUUUGAAUGGGUCACAGAUUCAGAGUCAGAAACAAGUUUUAAACCAUCUUCAGAGAAACAUCUUCCAACCACGAAAGGGGGAACUAUGGCCCCAGGAAUGAAGCUAGCCUCAAAAAGAAAGCUUGAUUAUGAAACAAUGCCAGGAGGUGGUGGAAAGUCACUACAUGAGAAGACCAGCCAGGACCACAUACGCCACCCAAACACAGCCUCCCGGCUCUUGCACACCAUGGACCUGCGCACGAUGACACAGUCGUUGGUGACUCUGGCGGAAGACAACAUGGCCUUCUUCUCCAGCCAGGGCCCUGGAGAGACAGCACGGCGGCUGACAAAUGUGUUUGCAGGGGUGCGAGAACAGGCACUGGGGCUGGAGCCAGCCCUGGUCCGCCUGCUGGGUGUGGCACACCUCUUUGACCUGGACCCAGAGACCCCAGGCAAUGGGUACCGCAGCCUGGUGCACACAGCCCGCUGCUGCCUGGCACACCUACUCCACAAAUCCCGCUACGUGGCCUCCAACCGCCGCAGCAUCUUCUUCCGAGCCAGCCACAACCUGGCGGAACUAGAGGCCUAUCUGGCUGCCAUCACUCAGCUCCGCGCCCUGGCGUACUAUGCCCAGCACCUGCUGGCCACCAACCAGCCAGGGGUGCUCUUCUUUGAGGGAGAUGAGAGACUUACCGCUGAGUUCCUGCGGGAGUAUGUCACGCUGCACAAAGGCUGCUUCUAUGGCCGCUGCCUGGGCUUCCAGUUCACGCCCGCUAUCCGACCAUUCCUGCAGACCAUCUCCAUCGGGCUGGUGUCCUUUGGGGAGCACUACAAGCGCAAUGAGACAGGCCUCGGUGUGACCGCCAGCUCACUCUUCACCGGUGGCCGCUUUGCCAUCGACCCAGAGCUUCGUGGGGCCGAAUUUGAGCGGAUCAUACAGAACCUGGACGUGCACUUCUGGAAAGCCUUCUGGAAUAUCACAGAGAUCGAGGUGUUGUCGUCUCUGGCCAACAUGACAUCUGCCACUGUGAAGGUCAGCCGCCUACUCAGCUUGCCACCUGAGCCCUUUGAGAUGCCACUGACCUCUGACCCCAAGCUCACUGUCACCAUCUCUCCUCCUCUGGCCCACACAGGCCCUGGGCCUGUCCUCAUCAGACUCAUCUCCUAUGAACUCCGUGAAGGACAGGACAGUGAGGCACUCAGCAGUCUGGUGAAAUCCGAGGGUCCCUGGAGCCUGGAUCUGCGGCCCCGGCCCCAGCAUGCACCCCGCUCUCAGUCCUUGGUAGUGCACUUCCAUGGUGGCGGCUUUGUGGCCCAGACCUCCAAAUCCCACGAGCCCUACCUCAAGAUCUGGGCUCAGGAGCUGGGUGUCCCCAUCAUCUCCAUCGACUACUCCCUGGCCCCUGAGGCGCCCUUCCCCCGAGCGCUGGAGGAAUGCUUCUACGCCUACUGCUGGGCUGUCAAGCACUGUGCCCUCCUCGGUUCCACAGGGGAGCAGAUAUGCCUUGCUGGGGACAGUGCAGGUGGGAAUCUCUGCUUCACCGUGUCCUUUCGAGCAGCAGCCUAUGGGGUUCGGGUGCCUGAUGGCAUAAUGGCAGCCUACCCAGCCACAAUGCUGCAGACUGCAGCCUCUCCCUCCCGCCUUCUGAGCCUCAUGGACCCCCUGCUGCCGCUCAGCGUGCUCUCCAAGUGUGUCACCGCCUAUGCAGGUGCAGAAACAGAGGAAGACUCCAGCUCGAACCAGAAGGCCCUGGGCAUGAUGGGGAUAAUGCGCCGGGACACUUCCCUGCUCCUCAGAGACCUCCGCGUGGGUGCCUCCUCCUGGCUCAACUCCUUCUUGGAGCUGAGUGGACACAAGUCCCAAAAGAAACCAGUGCCUCUCUCAGAGCCAAUGCGCCGAAGCGUGUCGGAGGCCGCUCUGGCCCAGCUAGAGAGCCCACUGGGUACAGAUUCCCUCAAGACACUGAAAGACCUGUGCUUGAAGGGCUCCUCCGAGUUGUCAGACACCCCCAAGAUGGCUGAGAUGUCACAGUCCCUGGAGACACUUGGCCCCUCCAAACCUUCAGACGUCAACUUCUUUCUGCCUCCUGAGGAUGCGCUUGAAGAAGUGGAGGCCAAAGAAGGGCUGAGCGCCAUGGACAAAGGCCGGAGCAAUAGGGGUACCUUUCCGGAGGGUUUCCACCCACGGCGCUCUAGCCAGGGCCCCACCCAAAUGCCUCUCUACUCAGCACCCAUCGUUAAGAACCCCUUCAUGUCGCCUCUUCUGGCACCCGACUACAUGCUCAAGACCCUGCCGCCUGUGCACUUCGUGGCAUGUGCACUAGACCCCAUGCUGGACGACUCGGUCAUGUUCGCUCGGCGACUGCGUGCGCUGGGCCAGCCGGUGACACUGCGCGUGGUGGAGGAUCUGCCCCACGGCUUCCUGAGCCUGGCUUCGCUGUGCCGAGAGACUCGACAAGCUGCCCAGCUGUGCGUGGAGCGCAUCCGCCUCAUCCUCACUCCGCUUGCCACGCCUAAGCCCUGAGGUGGAGCUGCUCGGGGAGAUGGGAGGCCCCGGGGUGGGAGGGGGCGGCCCUAAAGAGCUCUUCUUCCCAUCCACGUGCAGGCCUCGGUGGUAUGUGACCUGGGACAGCCUCUCCCGGCUGGCUGGGAAGGAGGGAGGGUCGUGCCUUAAGUUAGGGUACCGCGAGGGGGUGGGGCAGGGGCCCAGAGCUGAGACCUGGCCCGGGAGCAGGGCAUGCACACGCCGCUGCUGGUCACCGGACCUGCACUCUACCACUGCCUUCUGCUGCUGCUGCAACCGACCUGCAAGUCGGUUUGAUUUUUGUAAAUAAAAAUAUUUAAUUAAUUUGGCAUCUCUCAAAUAGGGUGGGGAAUGUAAAAAAGCCCAGCAGGGACAGCGUCGGACUCAGCUGCUGGUUAAGAAACCUAGAUUAUGUGGGCCUAGAUUGGGGAAAGGAGCUUCCCACUAACAGAGACCCACUCCUCCUCAGACUCAACCCAGCUUCUCCCUCUGCAGUCCCUCUCAACAGAAAUGCUAUCUCAUGGUUCCAGUGGAAGGCUACUACUCCCCUUUACAAACCCUACCUUGGGGCCCACCAAGGAAAAAAAGGCUCCAAAAGUUGCCCCAUGGAACUGGGACAAAGUUAGCAGAAAACCA